AUGACGGUUCAGUUACAUCCAUGGCACCAGCCUGACAGAGCUCAGAAUGAGCACGCGUUUCGCGUCCAGACCGAUCACAGCGAAGUCAUUAUCUUGGCGCCGAAAUAUGCCACCGAAAUCAGGGAUGGGAAGGGCCUCUCGGCAGGGUCGUAUACAGAGAUUGAGUUGAUGGGUAAUCUCCCUGGCAUGGAGGCCUUCUCCUUUGCCGGAACACAUCGCGAACUUAUGCACGAUGUCAUUACCAGACACUUGAAUCGUGCUUUGCCUUCAAUGUUGUCUGGUAUCGCGGAGGAAGCGAGCGAAUGCCUCAACUCGUUAUGGGGAAAGUCCUCCGAGUGGAAAACUAUCCCCCUCUACGAGAGCAUGCUAUCUACCAUCUCCCAGGUGUCUAUCCGCGUAUUCCUUGGCCCGGAAAUGUCCCGCAACAAACGCUGGGUCCAAGUCAACUUGCAGUACACCGUUGUUGGUCUGGGUGCUGUGUCGGCGUUGCGCCGGUGGCCACGCUUUUUGCUGCCAAUUAUUCAUCACUUCCACCCCCAGAUGCGAGCAACGCGUGCGCUGAUUAAAGAGGCGAAAGAAAUUCUACGCCCGGUCGUUGAGUCGCGAAAGUCCAAAAGGGACGGCUCAUCCAACUCCCUCGACUGGUUCCAGGAGGUGGCCGCGCAAAGAGGUGAGCGUUACAACCCAGAAGUUGCCCAGCUCACCUUCUCUGUGGCUGCGAUGCACAGCACCAGCGAUCAUCUUACUCAGGUUUUAUUCGACCUGGCCAGACAUCAGGACGCAGUGCACGCGCUGCGGCGAGAGAUGGUCAAAGUCAUCGGAGACGAGGGCUGGACCAUCACCGCUUUGAACAAUCUCAAGCUGAUGGACAGUGUCCUCAAGGAAUCGCAGCGACUGAAGCCGGUUAACCAGGUCUUUAACAAGCGCGCAGUGUUAAAGGACAUCUACCUCAGUAACGGCGUCUGCCUGCCCAAGGGAUCUUUUGUCGCUGUCUCCUGCUCCCGUAUGCGCGACCCGGCCGUCUAUCCGGACCCGGACGAGUUCAAGCCUGAUCGUUUCGUCAAGCUCGCAAGUUCAGACUCGGAAACAGCGCGCUACAGCGGCUUCUCCGCCGUGAGCAUUGACCACACGGGCUUCGGAUUCGGAAAACACGCGUGUCCGGGCAGGAUCUAUGUGACUCUGGAGCUCAAAAUCAUCUUGUGUCACAUCCUACUCCUCUAUGAUAUCAAGGUGCCGGAAGGCUUCGUGCCGAACCUGAUGAUCCAUGGCUUCGACAGCCUCACCGACUUGACAGCUUCCAUGCACAUCAAGAGACGCGAGCCGGAGAUUCACCUGCCGGAAUAUCAGCCGUUAUUAACGUAG